AUGUAUACAACAAUUACAGCACUGUGGAUCAUUUCAAACAGGAGUAACAGAGAUCAGAACAUCAGUGCAGGACUGCCUGUGGAUUAAGCGCGCAUGAAUCUCUGUUGUGAAUGAGAUGAAAGAGGAUUGAGCUCGUGGAUGAAGUUCAUCUCCUCUUGUUUGUGAAGCUGCUGCUCCGCACGUGCAACACCCACUUCCACCCCUUGAGUUUCCCCGCCACGCCCUCACGCACACAAUCCCUGACGAAUAAAAACACGGAUCUUAAAGAAUCCUGCACUGUUAAAUAUACAUUCCAUAUUCAGAUAAUUAAAGCUCAUAUAUUAGUGUUGAAUUUUGCGCAGCGAAAAAAAAAAAACUAUAUUAAGAAAAACCCACACGCAUCUCAUUAGCAUAAAAUAUUAGUUAUCCUUACAUGGGUAUCCCCAACAAUUAAAAAAAAAAAAAAGGUCCACGGAAGGCUCACCCGCCCGCCCUUCCCACUUGUAAACAAUUACCAGCGCAACACGUCACCGAGAGCUCCGCCGGUGACAUCAUCACCGAACGCAGCAUUCCCGAGAGCUUCAGCUGAUCUGAUUGGUCGCGCGGGGUCUGGUGGAUCUUCAAAGCCCGAGCCGAACGCAUUUGUGAAGCGGUGGGCGGUAAAAGUCUCCAAAACAGCCGAGGGACUUAUAAAUGUAAAGACCUUUCACAGGUGAUGGCAACUUCACUUCUUGGGGAGGAACCGAGGGUUGGAUCCACUCCAUUGGCCAUGUUAGCAGCAACCUGUAACAAAAUCGGGAGCUCGAGUCCCUCCUCGGACAGCGGCUCGUUUGGAAAAGGAGGUUUUCACCCGUGGAAACGCGCAGCGCCCAGCAGCUGUUCCCUCUCCCCGUUCGGCGCGCAACGGAACGAGACUUUCAGCGCCAACAGCUCGUUCUCCUUAACGGGCACUAACACCUCCACCAGUCCAUUUGGAAACGACUAUCCCGUGUUUCAGACGUCAGUCGCGAACAGUUCUCCGGACCCGAGCGCGCAGUCGGUGUUCAUCUCCAAAGUGGACACUCUGCAGGGGAUUUACCCCAGGAUGAGCGUCACGCACCCGUAUGAGACUUGGUUCAAGUCCGCGCAUGCUGGCAUCUCCGCCGGGGACGUGGGCACCGGUAGCGGGUCCUCCUGGUGGGAUGUGGGCACCGGUUGGAUUGAUGUUCAAAGCGCGAACGGCGCCGCGCUGCAUUCGCCCCUGAGCGGGUACAACUCAGACUAUUCCACCAUCACUCACUCCGCAUUCAGCGCCAGUCCAUCUCCGCAUCUUCUUACAGGUGGGCAGCACCUGAUGGACGGAUUCAAACCGGUUUUAUCCGCCACCUAUACAGACACCAGUCCCGGUGCCACAAGCGCAGUUUUAGCCGGGACCCCGGUGGUACCGCUCGCCGGGUCUCCGCGCUCAUCAACCAGGCGCUACUCGGGAAGAGCGACCUGCGACUGUCCGAACUGUCAGGAGGCGGAGAGGCUGGGGCCCGCGGGGGCCAGUCUGCGCAGAAAGGGCCUCCACAGCUGCCACAUCCCGGGCUGCGGAAAAGUAUACGGAAAGACUUCUCACCUCAAAGCGCAUUUGCGCUGGCACACCGGCGAGAGGCCGUUCGUCUGUAACUGGCUGUUCUGUGGGAAGCGCUUCACCAGGUCCGACGAGCUCCAGCGGCAUUUACGCACACACACCGGGGAAAAGAGAUUCGCCUGUCCGGUGUGCAACAAGCGCUUCAUGCGCAGCGACCAUCUCAGUAAACACGUGAAAACGCACAGCGCCGGUGAGCCCGGGUCUAACGGGGUUAAAAAGGGCAGCGAUACCGACAGCGAACAGAGUGUACCGGGCAGCCCAGCCUGUCAGUCCCCGGAAAUGAUCCACACCACAGAACCCGUGCAGAACGGCCUCUGAACAGAACUACAGAACACAUGCAUUCUUAAAGAUAAAGGUUCCAAUGAGAAUCAAAACAUGUUUUAAAAAUAACUUUUUUAAUCUUAAAUUCAUUCGAAAUCGGUUUAUUGGUGAUUAAAGGACCCCCAAAACACCCAACCAACCAUUUUAAUAUCCAAACAACCAUACCAUUGUUUAAAAUUAAGGUUCCAAAAUGUUCUUCUUAAAAAAAUAUAUAUAUAUAUAUAUUUUUUUUUUUUUCUUAAAGAACAUUUUAAAACUCUAAAGAACCUUUUUCCACUAUAAAGGUUCUUUAUGGAACCAUCGAUGCCACACUGUAAAAAAGAAAUGUUGGUUUAACUUAAAAAAAAAAAAAAGUUACCUGGUUGCAUUAAAUUUGAGUUCAUUGAAAAUAAAAAUUUGAGUUAAUACAAUGAAGGCGAUCAACAGAAACGCAACAUAUUAUGUUAUCUGAACUACAUUAAUUAUUGAAGUUGAUUUGAAAAAGAAAAAUGUUGUGAUAAAUAGGGAAAAUAAUUUUUUCCAGUGCAAGAACCUUUAUUUUUAAGAUUAAACUCAAGAAACCUAUGGUUCUUAACAGGUUUUUGGGUCUUCAAAGAACCAGAAGGGCCUUUAUUUUUAAGAGUGUUCACAUGUGGACGCACUCAUUUCGGUGCGCAUGAAAUCAUGCAAAAGGCCAGAGAGUUUAUCAGAAUAUACACCGAUUUUUUUUUAACUAUGUUUUAUCAUAUUUGUCUGUAAAUCAGCAGAAGGUCUCUCUCAGGUGUUCUUGGAUAUUUAUAGAUGAAAAUAACCUCGUAAAAUAAGUACAGAUGAAACACACUGCUGAAAUGCAUACAGAUUCUCCAUGUCUAUUGAGGCACUUUAUUACCUAAAUAAGAAAAUCAAGGACUUUAUUUCUCAGCAGCAGCAACAAUUCUCUUAGCAUUCUGUAUUUGCCAACUGAACCGUUUAAUUUUGUGCUCCUUGAUUUCUAUAACAUGUACGCAUCAUUUGGGGAUUUCUGUACAUUAUUCUUAUUUUCAUCGUGCAGUUGAUAUCUAUGACAGUGAAUCUGAACUCUUCUCAAUGCAAAGUGAAAUUGUACAUAGGAUUGUCUUGAAACUCUAUUUAUCAUCGAGUUUGAUUUGUGAUUUGAAGUCUAUCAGAGUCGCACUUUGAAUCUAUAUUUAUAAUUUCAGGAUCGAAUCAGCUCGAUCAGUUUCUUUAUCUUUUGUUGUAUUAUUAUUUAAUUGCGCAUGUGUUUGUAUUUACUGACGUUUACUUUAAGGUAAUAAAGUCACAUCUGACUUGCUUA